AUGGGCAAAGGGAGCCGAGCUGCCGGCCUGAAAGUGAAGUCGAAGGGGAAGGAAGCAAAGCAGCGACGAGGACAUGUAGCCGUCAAGAAGCUGAGCAAAAGCUCCAUGACGAGUGCGCUGAAAGCGCGACUCAAGAAGAACUCCGGGCGUGAUGAUAUCCGGAUUGAUGAGCAGCCGCAGCUGCUGGAUGAUGCUGCGCACUCGGUGCCCAUCACCGAGCGCGGAGGGUACCCGGUAAUCCGGAAAAAAGGUGCCGCCGACCCGAAGAACUGGAUCACAAAGACCGGGGUUCCAGUCUCCGUUGACUUCAACCGUUGCAGAUGGCUCCCGGACGACUGGGGUCAGGGAGUGAAAGCCACCCUGCCGAACUCACGGAGCAAACCCAAUGGUUUAGGUGGCAUUUUGACUUGCUUCGUGAGCCCGGAGAUGAAGGUUUAUUUUCACAAGGAGAAGGUUGAAGAGCAUGUCGGGAGGACGCUCAGCGACAAGGAUGGCUUCAAUGGCCAGGUCCGGCUUGCGAAGCUGCAGGCGCAACAAACGAUCCAGCUGGCACGGCUGCAGAUACGCGAAGUAAACAAAGGGGGCACGAAGUCGUUCAUCGGUGCAGACAAAGACUCGGACUUUUUCCGGUUACUCUCGGCGACCGAGAAGAAGUGUCUUCCGUCCAAGGAGGAGUUUCACUUCUGCGUCGUGUCGGCUCGGCGUGCCACCAAACUUGAGGGCGUGCGGGACAUCGUUGCUGUACAGACACAGCUCCAGGAGGCCGGGAUUACACCGACUUGGUAUGUCGACGCGGAAAGCUUGGAGGACUAUAAGGCCCUGGGCCUCAAGGCCGUUGUCGGCGGAAAACUUACACCAUCCCGCAACAAAGCGCUCGACGAUGCAGCGGCCAGAAAAAAGAUUUGCGUCCAGAUGUCGGACGACAUUGCAGCUUGGGAAUACCGUCAUGGUGAGAGAGCUAGCGACAAGACGGAUGAUGCGAUGAACAAGGCUCAUGCCCUGGCGCAACGAUUUAUUGUGACGCCGGUGGCAGCUGCCCGCUUCAUCGUCGCAAAGAUGCGUGCUUCACCGGACAAGCCAAAGCUGGGAGGUGUGUACAUGCUGGGGAGCUGUGCACGCACCUUUGCAGGUCCUGAGUUUGUCGAUCACCACUUCAUUCUGGGCGACUUCUUCGUUGUAGACAAGGGCUCCUCGGUGCGGUUCGAUGAGAACAUGAAACUGAAGGAAGACUAUGACUUCACAUGUGCACAUUUGAAGGCUCAUGGCAGUGUUCUUCGGUGCAACCGCAUGACCCUCACCGUCAAGCACUACAGCAACUGUGGUGGUGCUGUCUCGACCCGCGACUCGAAAGGCGUGGAGGAGCAGCGUAACAUUGCCAUCUUGAAAACGAAGUGGCCAGGAUCCUUUCACAAGCACCCAAAGAGGAAGAACGAAGUCGUCAUGAGGUGGAAACCUACAGCAGAAGAGAGCGAAGACGAUGACGACAUCGACGAGGGAAAGCGGAAUCCGAAUCGCACUUCCAAGUCCAAGAAGAAGACAGCCACAGCCUCGCGAAAGGAGACCAAGAAGGCGUCAGUUCCAG